GUGCGGUGCGUGCCAGGGGCGGGCGAGGGGGCGGUGUCCUGGCCAUGGCCGGCCUGUCGGACCUGGAGCUGCGGCGGGAGCUGCAGGCCCUGGGCUUCCAGCCAGGCCCCAUCACCGACACCACUCGGAACGUCUACCGCAACAAGCUGCGCCGCCUGCGGGGCGAGGCCCGGCUGCGCGACGACGAGCGGCUGCGAGAGGAAGCCCGGCCUCGGGGCCCCGAGCGGCUGCGGGAGGAGGCCCGGCUACGCGAGGAGGCGCCGCUGCGCGCGCGGCCCGCCGCGUCCUUCCUGCGGGCGGAGCCCGGGCUCUCCCCACCGGCUUCGAGCGCGGCCCCCAACUCCUCGGGGCCUUAUGGCGACUUGGGGGCCCCCGCCCCUCCCUGGGCCGGAAGCCGCGGCCUCGCCUACCCCGCCCGCCCCGGGCCGCUGCGGCGCCGCGCCUCGGUCCGGGGCAGCUCCGAGGAGGACGAGGAUGCCCGGACGCCCGACAGGGCCGCUCUGGGCCCGGGCCGCCACUGGUGGGCCCCGUCCUCGGCCUCUGCGCGGCCGCCUUCCGCGCUCCUCGGCGCCGACACGCGCCCCGGCCUGAAGGCCGCGCGAACGGGCUCGGCGGGCGCGGGGCGGGCCCGACCCGAGGCGGGCCGGCGGCUGGAGCGCUGCCUGUCUCGCCUUCUGCUCUGGGCCAGCCUGGGGCUGCUGCUCGUCUUUCUGGGCAUCCUUUGGGUGAAGAUGGGCAAGCCCUCGGCGCCGCAGGAGGCGGAGGACAACAUGAAAUUAUUGCCGGUGGACUGUGAAAGAAAAACAGAUGAGUUCUGUCAGGCCAAGCAGAAGGCAGCCUUGCUGGAGCUCUUGCAUGAGCUAUACAACUUCCUGGCCAUCCAAGCAGGUAAUUUUGAAUGUGGCAAUCCGGAGAAGCUGAAAAGCAAAUGCAUUCCUGUUCUAGAGGCUCAGGAAUACAUAGCUAACGUGACCAGCAGCCCCUCUGCAAGGUUUGAGGCCGCGCUGACCUGGAUACUGAGCAGCAACAAGGAUGUGGGCAUCUGGUUGAAAGGGGAAGACCCGUCUGAGCUGGUGACCACGGUGGACCAGGUGGUGUGCCUGGAGUCUGCCCGGCCCCGGAUGGGCGUCGGCUGCCGCCUGAGCCGUGCCCUGCUCACCGCUGUCACCCACGUGCUCAUCUUCUUCUGGUGCCUGGCCUUCCUGUGGGGCCUCCUGAUUCUCCUGAAGUACCGAUGGCGAAAGCUAGAAGAGGAAGAGCAGGCCAUGUACGAGAUGGUGAAGAAGAUUAUAGAUGUGGUCCAGGACCACUAUGUGGACUGGGAGCAGGACAUGGAGCGCUACCCAUAUGUGGGCAUCCUCCACGUGCGAGACACCCUGAUCCCCCCACAGAGUCGGCGGCGCAUGAAGCGAGUGUGGGAUCGCGCUGUGGAAUUCCUGGCUUCCAAUGAGUCCCGGAUCCAGACCGAGUCCCACCGCGUGGCUGGGGAGGACAUGCUGGUGUGGAGAUGGACUAAGCCUUCCUCCUUCUCUGACUCAGAGCGAUAGGACAGGGCCUGUUCCAGCCAGCCUGGCCUGGUCACCCAGCUGGGGCAAGGGCACAGACCUUCGGUGCUCAUUCACACCUGCCUUGAUUGCCCUCUCGAUCUCAGUUCUGGGACACGUGGGCGUCCUUAGGGUAGCAGGGAGGACAGGUGAGACCCUCCUCUAUGCCAGUCUUACUGACAGAAAGGGAGAAGGGCUUGCUCUCCCUGCAUAGAAAGACGGCAGUGGCUGGAAUCAUGGAGGUCCUGCACACAGCUAGACAGCAACCAGUGAUCUGAAGCCCCUCGCUUGGGAAGUGGGUCGGGUGGUGGGCUGGGGCAGCAGGGGUCUGGGGAGCGCUUAGUCCUUGUGCCUUUGCAGUGUUUCCAGGGAGCUUGAGGGUGAGGGGAGGAAGCCUGUCCUGCUGCUGCAUGGGCCUCCUUGUCCUGAAGGGGAAGAUGCUACAAGUUAGAGCCAGCUGGAGGGGACAGAAUAGAGGUGGCCAGGAUCUGGAAGGGGUGGAGGGUCCAGCCACAGCUGCCUGUGCCUCAGUGCUUCUCACAGAUGGGAAGUGUAGCCCUGAGCCAGGGUGGAGCCUCCACCUCCAGCCAGGCUCACCUCCUCGAUAUUACUGUGACAAGGCCUCUCCUGGCUGGUGAGCUGGAACAGGGCACCGGUGGGGUGCAGCAUUGUGGCUGCACACUGCCCCCUGCAGGCUGCAUGGGAGCAGUGUGCGCCUUUAGCCUGCUGUGCAGUGGAGGACCUGCUCCCUAAACACCCAGUGGGGGGUCUCAUUAGCUGAGAGGGAGGCUGGCCAGCAACUCCUCUAGCCGGCCUCACCCACAGCACAGGAGGAUGGCGGGUGGACGUAAGACACAGACGCCCCUUCUGGACCUCUUGCCGUUCUCUGUUUCUUAAUAAAGCACCAUCUCGGUUUAGCAAUACUCUCAUUUCCUCGUGUCCGGGUGGUCGGCAGGACUGGGGUCUGAGCAGGUGCCUGUGGCAAAGGCCUGUUCUCAUGAUCAGGCUCCAGCUAGAAGAAGCUUUUGUAUUGGGGUGGAACUGUUGGAAAAAUAAAAUAUUUAUUGAAAAUGGA